AUGGCAAGCAAUAUUGGGAAUUUGAGCCAUGGGAUUUUAUUCACCUUGCAAGUACCCCAUCGGCAGAGAUUGGCAGAGUCAAACCAACCCAAAACAUGGUUUACAUCGGCAGAGAUUGCCCCAUCUAGACGUCUCGAUUUCUUCUUCUUCUUCGGUAGAGAUCUGAGCCGACUGAGACGCAUUUGUUUAGAUGGCGGUAAUACCGAAGGUUACGAACGUGGUUUCGGUGGAUAUGGUGGUGGUUCCGGUGGAGGUAGCAGUGGAGGCUCACUUUAUAGCAAUAGAGGUGGCUAUGGUUUGAUAUUGUGCAUUCAUGGUUCCGACCGGCUGUUGGAGCUCACUGGAACCAUCAGAAAAGGCCACGGACAACCCCAGUACCUCGACAAAUUGCAGAUUUUUGGCGCUGCCUAUCUGGGACCAUUUGGCCAUUUCUUUAACAUUUUGCUGGGCAAAAUUUUUAAAGGGAAGAAGGAUAAUCAAACUGUUGCCAAGAAGGAAGGCUGA